GCGAAUUGGCGGUUUCCGGUUCCGCUGCCCUCUUUCUCUUCAGCGGGGCGACCGAGCUGGUCGGUGGUAGCGGCCGUGCGGGUGGCGCUGGGCGAGGGACGCAGAGAUGCAGAUCUUUGUGAAGACCCUGACAGGGAAGACCAUCACCCUUGAGGUCGAGCCCAGUGACACCAUCGAGAAUGUCAAAGCCAAAAUCCAAGACAAAGAGGGCAUCCCACCUGACCAGCAGCGUCUGAUAUUUGCGGGCAAACAGCUGGAGGAUGGCCGCACUCUUUCUGAUUACAACAUUCAGAAAGAGUCCACCCUGCACCUGGUGCUUCGUCUGCGAGGUGGCAUCAUCGAGCCUUCCCUCCGUCAGCUCGCCCAGAAAUACAACUGCGACAAGAUGAUCUGCCGCAAAUGUUAUGCUCGCCUGCACCCCCGUGCUGUCAACUGCCGUAAGAAGAAGUGCGGCCACACCAACAACCUGCGCCCCAAGAAGAAGGUCAAAUAAGGCCCUUCCACGGGUCCCUCCUCCUUUCCCCACAGGGCAGCCUCCUGCCCAAGCCCCAUGGCCCUGGGGCCUCAAUAAAGUUUCCCUUUCAUUGACUGGAGCAGUAA